AAAUUAAUGUCAAAAAUAUUCAGAAGUUGGGAUUUCCGAGUUCCAAGUCGGAAGUUUGAACUGGAAGGCCCAUGUCAGAUUUCUUGCUUGGAAAGUUGGAGAAUUCUCACUACGAAUUGUUUUUGAAGAUGGCUGCCCCAAGUUUAAACAAUAAGUGGCAGCUCCUGUAGUAAGUAAUAAUCUGUUUAUUGAAUUUCUGAGAAGUUUUUGUUGAACUAAAUCAGUCGUAUUAUUCCCCUUAGUAUUGUUCACCCAAAGUCAGCUGAGAUAGGCUCCAAGAUGCCCCGUCGCCCAUUGUGAGGACAAGCGGCAUACAAAAUGGAUGGAUGGAUGGAUGGAUGGAUGGAUGGAUAGAUACAGUACAUAAAUUAUAUAUGGCCUAGGUUUCCAUAGGUACGCCAACUAUAAUUGGGGUACAUGAAUAACAAUGAAAAACAAUUAGCGCUUAACACUCAAAAUUAGGAGUGCGCUUGCAGAACGGAGCAGAAAGGAGGGAGGGCACAAAGUUGUGCAUUGCUCUGUGUGCAUCAUAUGAACAAAUAAGUAAGACUGAUGAUUGUUUUGCGUAUUAAAAGUGUUUAAUCUUGAGGAUUUCAUGCAUAUUGAUGUUCCAAUCCCCGCACGGUGUAGCGGUGAAAACCUCUCACUGUGAGUGGGGAUUCUCCCAAAAAUUAGGCUUUAUCAUUGGUUGUAUGUAUUUUUGUACUUCGGAUGCUGCUUUAUCAUGAUUGUUAAAGGGAUAGCUCAGAUUUUUUGGCAUGAAGUUGUAUGACAUCUGCAUUAGCAGUGUAGUACAUCAAUGGUGACUUACCACCCCGCUUUGUCCCGCAAGUCCAGUUCUAGUCGGAUUUCCUCAACAAAAUCAGACCUCACAAAUCGCCUCAGCGUUACAUUUGUCUCCUCCCCGCUGUGGAACACCCACCUAAACAAAAUGGCCACGGCGCUCCAUCGCAGAAGAUGUGAGCGUCUUCACCACAUACACAAGAAAGCACAGGCGACAGAGCGCAGGGAUACGGCGGGAGACAAAUAUAACGUUGAGCGAUUUUUGACGUCUGAUUUUUGUGAUGCAAAUGCAUUACUCUUUUGAAUGCAUAUUGUUUUGAGAAGCCAAACUCUUUAGUGGCUCCAGCAACAAAAUAUCUACUACGUUCAAAUAUCCGAAGGGGUGCACGACUGUAAAAAGUUUGGAAACCAUCGAUAAUGUUGCAGUGUUAAUUACCUUUUUUCAUGUGGUAUAUGCGAACUACAGCGCAGGUAAAAAUAGCCUGGUCGAUUGGUGCGAGACAUGUUUUUAUUUAUGAUUUCGUGACCUGUUUAUUUAAACGCAAAAAUAGCUUUCGUGAAGGUGGCCAUCUUGUUUUACGACUUUGUAACUGGAAGCCGCUACCUCAGCUUUGACGUCAUUCUCUGACUUGAAUGUAACACAGCAUCAGUCUCUGGUUCUUUUACAGUUGGGACACUAUAGACACAAUGCUUUAAUCAUGUCUAACUCUGAGUCUGUCUCCUUUCUUAGUGUGGGAGCAGGCUGUAUCAAGCACUAUGCUCCCUGCGCUGUGCGGAUGCUGACAUGAUGAGGCAGUUCAAGUGCACUGCGUAACUCUGUUAGUCAAAUAGGCUUUAAGAAAGUCUUUGUGCUUUUCUUUUUGAGGGCAGCUGCAAAAUAACCCACCAUGAAGCCAAAGAAAAUUGUAGCAUACUGUUGAGGGGAUGCGGAGACACGACAGUGUGACGUGUUGGGCUGUAAACCGGCGUGUGUGUGAUUGCAUCAGUUGAUGUAAACAAAGUUGUGUGAGCACGCAGUGGUUGUCCGUGCAUUCUUGGAUAUAACACAAGUGCCAGCACUUUGAUAAAUAACAUGAGAAAGACUUCUGAAUUGAAGAGAGAAUUUGUAGCAAAGUACAGAGGUGGCCUCCAUGUGGCUCUCCGCUGCCCUCCUCCCAUGCCACUCAUUGAUGUCUUUCACAAAAACAGUCUUCAGUCAAUCAAUCAGUAAUUUAUCCCUUUUAUUAGUCAUUUAUUUAUAUCGUUUUAUAUAGUUAUACACAGUGGUGUGAAAAAGUGUUUGCCCCCUUCCACACUUCUUAUUUUUUUGCUUGUUUGUCAAACUUAAAUGUUUCAGAUCAUCAAAGAAAUGUAAAAAUUAUCCAGUGGCAAAACAAAUGAACACAAAAUGUAGUUUUUAAAUUUAACUUUUUUUUUUUUAUUACAGUGGGAAAAAAAUCCAAACCUACAUGGCCCUGUGUGAAAAAGUGAUUGCUCCCUAAACCUAAUAACUGGUUGGGCCAAUCUUUGCAGCAACAACUGCAAUCAAACGUUUGCGAUAACUUGUAAUGAGUCUCUUACAGCGCUGUGGAGGAAUUUUGGCCCACUCAUCUUUGCAGAAUUCUUGUAAUUCAGCCACAUUGGAGGGUUUUUGAGUAUGAACCGCCUUUUUAAGGGUCAUGACACAUCUCAAGGUGAUUCAGGUCAGGACUUUGACUAGGCCACUCCAAAGUCUUCAUUUUGUUUUUCUUCAGCCAUUCAGAGGUGAACUUUCUGGUGUGUUUUGGAUCAUUGUUCUGCUGCAGAACCCAAGUUGGUUUCAGCUUGAGGUCACAAACGGAUGGCCGGACAUUCUCAGAUUGCCCGAUUGGAAUUUGCACAAGAAUGCCAAGCAUGGGACAUUGAAAGGCAGAAGAAAGUUUUAUCUGAUCAGAAAAAAUGUAACCUUGACGGUCCUGAUGGCUUUCCACAUGCCUGGCUGGCAUGACAAGGAGAUCCCACCUAAGAUGUUUUCUACACGGUGGAGGGGGGCGGCGGCAUCAUCAUCUGGGGUGCUUUUUCCUUCCUUUUUCCUUCAGGUUGUGCAGGGGCGUCGAACGGCAGAUAGCUAUGUGCAAAUGUUGCAGGGUGCAUCCCUCAUGACUGAAGGCGCUUGUCUGUGUGGUGAUGACUGGGUUUUUCAACAGGACAACACUGUAGUUCAUAAUGCCCACCUGACAAAGGACUUCUUCCAGAGGAAUCAUGUCACUCUUUGGGACCAUCCUGAGUGUUCCCCUCAACUAAAUCCAAAUGAUAACAAGGGAAGUUUACAAAAAUGGACAUCAAUUUGAGACAGUGUGUGCCCUCCGUGAAACCAUCUUCACCACCUGGAGCAACAUUCCCACUUGCCUCCUGGAAACACUGGCAUCAAGCAUGCCCAAACCAAUUUUUAAGAUUUGACAGAGGCGAUGCAGGUGACAUCUUCAGGCCCACAGACCAUCCAAAAGGCCCAGGGAGAAAAUGUCCUGUUGGGGUGCACUUACACCCCUGGAGUCCAAGACAUUGGGGAGUUGGACAUUGAGUGGUCCAACGUCAGCCCAGACAUGACGCAGAAAGACAAGCUGCUUUUGACCUAUACAGGAGGCAGAAUACACAACUAUGACCCCAGCCUCUCCAGCAGACUCCGCUUCAUAGGAGACCCCAAGCAGGGGGACGCAUCCAUCUCUCUGUCUAAUGUGAGGCUUUCAGACACGGCCACCUACCAGUGUAAAGUCAAAAAGGCCCCGGGUGUCGACAUGCGGAAAGUGACUCUUGUAGUAAUGGUACCCCCCUCUGUGCCAAAAUGCUGGGUUGACGGCAAGGAGGAGAAAGGCAGUCCUGUCUCCCUCCUCUGCAAAUCAUCCCAGGGAUCGUCGCCUCUCACGUAUACGUGGACAAGAGAAAGCGGGGGCACCAUGCCAACCGUUAUGGCAGCAGCAGACACUGGGGAGCUUUUGAUAAAGAACCAUUCUGACAGCUAUGCUGGAAGUUACGUGUGUGAGGCCAAAAACCCUGUUGGCAAGACGCAGUGCAGAUAUUCACUGAAGGCACACAACCCCACCAAUAAAGUGGGCGUCAUAGUUGGGGCUGUGAUAGGUGCUCUACUGCUCCUCCUCCUCCUUCUGCUCCUCAUCUGGCUCCUGGUGUGCUGCUGCCACAAGCGUCGCUAUGAGAAGGAAGUUGCGAAUGAAAUCAAGGAAGACACCCAUGCCCCAGAGAGCCAGCCCCCUAGCAGAAACUCCAGCUACCGCUCAGUACUGGGCUACCGCACCCACCAAGGGGUGUCCUACAGCUCAGUGGGGAACCGCCUGCCCAGCGUCAAUGAAUCGAAUGCCAGUCACCCCAGCAACAGUGACAAGGCUUCAAAACUAAGCGCUGCUGCAGCAGCGAAACCGCUUCCUCGCCUCCAAUAUGACCAUCGCUAUGGUUACCCCGUGUAAGCACGAUUUGUACACCUGACGGACUUCCUUAAUGAAGCGCAGUGCAUUUUAUGACUUCUCAGUGUAGAACAUGCUUCUUAUACAAAGCAGCAUGGAUGUUUGCAGCUACAAGACUUUAAAAAAAUCUUACCUCAGCUACUGGAGUGGAUGACCUUCAUGAUGCACUGUAACAUAAACUAUGUGGGUAUGAAGAAUGCAUAUUGCCGUGCCAUAUUAUGCCAUAUUAACUUGAUUUAUGCAAGAUGUACAUAGCAGAUGGCUUGUAUUAUGUUGGAGUGCUUCCCUUUCCAUGGUGUAAAGCUACAUUUUUAAUAAGCACACGCAAUAAAAAUGACUUUUAACUGACAAGCCAAAGAGAAAAUCCCACUUGUGGUAUACAAAUCACUCAGAAUUCAAAAUCAGGUAUAAUGAAGCCCGAGAGAGGACACUUUACGUCCUUAUCGUGGGACAUUUCCAGCAAGCAAUUUGGGAGAGUUUGGAGCAAUGCAUUAAAAUGCAGAUGGCGCCCAGUAAGCCAUUCUGCUGUAAACAACUUACCAUCUUAAAUUCUGAUGACAUGCGUAAACAAGGCCAGACAGUCGCCUUGUUCUAUGAAUUUGCCUCUUGGAAAAAUUGUAUGUGCACAGAGUCGUGCGGCACCAUCGCCUCGUUGUACGUUUCUUGCUCAGCGACCAGUAAACUACUAAUGAGUCUACUCUAGUGGCGAGUCGGGGCACUAAGCCUCCGUUGCCACACUGUGGAGGCCGAGUCAGCACUCUGCCUGCGGUCCCACCCCUCUUCAAACGGCCCUCAUUUAGCCUGAUGGCGUUUUUUUUAGCGCUGUAUGUUGAAUUAAUAAGAGCUGCAGGAUGGAGCCAACAUAGAGGCCUUCAAUAACAAAUUCUGCCCUGGGACUCCUUCUGGGCAGCAGUGGUGGAGGAAGAAUUUCCAUCCUUUGCUCAAGACCAAAUAGAAAGCCACAAUAUAUGCACUGAAUAUAGUACUGUAUAUGAAGUAUUAUUGGAAAUACUGUAUGUACUCAAUACUCUCAUGUGCAGUAUUGGUAAUCACACUGAAAAUGUCUUUCGGAGACGAGAUGAUUGUGUUAUUCUCUGUGUGCUGUUAUCAUGAUUAUAUUUAGCAUUUUCUGCAUUUUCUUGCUUGGUUGAAGUGGAUUAUAAAGUGAAUUAUUUAGUUUUAAAAUAAAUUCCCUUCUAAUGGAUGCUAUGAAUGGGGUUUGUUUAGUAACGCACUGUGAUGAUUUCUUAAAGUACAAACUGUGCAUGGUUUACCCAAAAGAAACUCUUUCCAUUCUUCCUUUUUUUGAUCAUUUCUCCUGUGUUCAUGCAAACUGCAUGAGUUUUGUCAAGCUAGUGUGCUUGUUUUUGACCUUAUUUCCAUCUUAUUUCUACGCUCAGUAAAGGAACUGUCACGUACUGAGAGUGUAUGAGUGUGUUAUGUGCAUGCGUUCAUGACAAAACCUGGCAUUUCAAGGGAUAAAAUCUUUUU